AUGCGAGCUGAUAGCCAUGGCUCAGGCCUUACGCCCAGCGCUGUUGAGCCAGAUCGUCCUUUACAUGCAGAAAGCCACCGUCAGGCAAUGCAGUCAUUUCAGUCUCUAUGUGCACAAGGGACACACACUUCUCGGAAUAUAAUUGUCAGAGAAGUCGAAACUGUCCAUGUUCAUCCCCCUCCUUCUACAAAGCUCGACCGUCGCAGCUCCAGGCUAUCGUUUAUACCAUCCGGUCAUUCCAAUACGCAAAGAGAAAUGCAGAAAGGUAUAACAGAGGCAGGAGCAGUGUCCCAAAGGUCAAAAUCAUAUGAGACUAGAGGACCUAAUUACCUUGGGAAGCGGAGGAGUCGGUCCACCCCAGCUGCAUUCACCCAGCUCCUGUCGCGCAAAUUAUCAACUACUUUUGGAAAUCCAACUGUUAUUCGUCGUUCACGUCUACGUCAACGACCAAGCGUCCGUACUGUUAGAUUCCCGACUGCCUCAAUUCCCAACCUCAAUAAUCAAGGCGAUAGUGCCAAUGAUAGCUCUGAUCCUUCAAGCUCGCCUACCGGUAGCGGCUCACCAUUGAGGGCUAAAUCAACACCUCCAACCUCGGCAGAACCAUCUAUCUUUCAUGAAAGAGCAGAACACUAUCAUGAUGAUACAGUUGGAUGGAGGCCAACAUUAGGCACAUCAAGGCCUGCCACAGGGAGAAUGCUUACUCCGAUCAAGGAGUCUCCUGGCGUGCCGCCCACGGUUCGUACCGUUGAAGCUGUUGCUAAUGCUAAAGUCUUUUUCGAAACUUAUUUCAAGUCGAUCUAUUCUGAUAUCAACCAACGCUCGCAACGGCAGCGAGAACUCGAGCAAUACAUAAAUUCACUCCCUCUGACACUGGAAGAGAAGAACCGAGUAUGGCAGAACUGGAUUGUCCAGGAACAAGAAUAUCUUCGUCAAUGCCGAGUACUUAAGUCGCGCUUCCACGGUGCUUGCCACGACGAGACUGUGUCAACUGCCGGAUUUGAAGUUCUGAAAGAAUUGGGUAGAGGGAGUUUUGGCGUCGUUCGUUUAGUUAGGGAGAAUAACGCAGGCGAAGCUCCUACUGCUGUGAUGAAACGCCCUUGCCCAAGCCUCAUUAAUGUGAGGGCAGCCAGAGGGAGUGAGAAUCAUCGUCGAAAAGUUAUGAUCGGAGAAAAGAAGGACGUCUUCGCCAUGAAGGUCAUCCGAAAGUCGGCAAUGAUACGCAAUAAUCAAGAGGGCCACCUGCGAGCUGAACGGGAUUUUCUUGUAGCAUCCGCAAAAUCUCGCUGGACCGUUCCGUUGAUCGCAAGUUUCCAGGAUAUCAAUUAUCUAUACCUCAUCAUGGACUACAUGGUCGGUGGGGACUUCUUGGGCCUGCUGAUACGACGAUGCAUUUUACCUGAAGAUAUCGCCAGAUGGUAUGUUGCAGAGAUGGUACUGUGUAUUGAGGAGGCCCAUAGACUUUGCUGGAUCCAUCGAGACGUCAAGCCAGACAACUUCUUGAUUUCCGCCUCAGGGCAUCUGAAAAUCUCGGACUUUGGUCUGGCUUUCGAUGGGCACUGGGCCCAUGACCAAGUGUACUACAAUGACCACCGGUACUCAUUGGUCAAGAGGCUAGGGAUUCAAGUUGAUGGCGAUGUUGAGGACCAGAGAGAGGAACGAAAACGAAAAGCCGAACAAUUAAACAAUAGUGACGACGCAGUUACCUUCAUGCCCCCUUCCGUGAAUCUUCUCGAAUGGCGGGAUCAACAUCAGAUGCGAAGGCUGGCAAGGAGUGUGGUCGGUACUAGCCAAUACAUGGCCCCUGAGGUCAUCCGGGGAAGUUUGUAUGAUGGGAGGUGUGACUGGUGGAGUGUGGGGAUUAUCCUGUACGAAUGUCUGUACGGCUUUACACCAUUUGCUGCAAAAGAUCGAGAAACGACGAAAUGGAAGAUUCAUCAUCACCACCAAACAUUACAUUUCCCGGGAGAGAGGCAUACAGACAGAAUUGUCUCAGUGGAGGCAAGUGACUUCAUGAAUCGCUUACUCCAGGAAAAAGAGUACCGGCUCUCUUGUGAUGCUUACCGCCAAAAUGAUGUUUUCAAUUCACGAUCAACACCGAGACAUCUCUUAUCCAGCAUUGACCCCAGGAGCCGGAAUUAUCGAAACUUCUAUGUGUACCCUGACGAUGCAGCCGAUAUCAAGGCCCAUCCAUUCUUUCGCGGUAUCAAAUGGGAACAGCUCCAUCAGUCCAGUCCACCGUUCAUUCCAAAAGUCAAGAGCUGGGAAGAUACGAGGUAUUUUGAAGAUGCUGGAAGCGUGGCCGAUAAUGACAACAUUUCUGUCACCACGGAUGCCCAAGGCUCCGGUGAUGGGCCAGAAGAAACAGGAGACAAACCGAAACUCAUACAGAAUCAGGCAGAGUCACGGCAGAAGCAGAAGGGGCCUAUCCCUAACGAGAACACUUCAAACGUCGCUAUAGAACCUCCUACAAAGACUUUGAAGAAACAGAGAGAUAAGAAAAGGCCGCGGGAUAAGAUGCUACGGGACAAGAGGAUUCAGAAGACUGUCCUCAAAAUGCGCAAGGAGGGAGCCUUCGUAGGCUAUACCUACCGCCGACCCAAGGCUGUUGCAAUGGCUUUCGCUCCCGAAAGAGGUCGGCUUUACCUAUCACGGGGGCAUCUGUCCGAGAUCUAUGGAUUGUAG